AGAAAAGGACAUGCGAGCGUGAAACAUGUAUAUGAAGAGAGAUCUCUGCUUUCCCUUGCACCAUCUCUCAACUUUCCUCUGCCUGUGAAAUACCCAACACUAACAGAGAGGACACAGAAGGAUGACAUCGGCCAUCAUUUCCUCUGUGGCGAAAGAACUGGGAGCCCGUAUUUCCUACGAGGUUGGGCUCAUCUGGAACGCAAAGGAAGAUCUUCAAAAUCUGAAGAGCGAGUUUGAAGCAAUUCAGGCAGUUGCAGAAGUUGCAGAUGGCCUGCCAUACUUAAAGGACGAGGAAGUGAAGGACUGGUUGCAGAAGCUCAAGGACGUAGCUUAUGAUGCCGAGGAUGUCAUCGACGAGUACCAAGCAAAAUCUGCCAAAGAUGAUCACAAGCGGAUGCUCAUCGGAGGAAAAAGGGUAUGCACAGACCCCUUCACCCUUUUCAUUUCUUGCUUUCGCAGACAUUUAGUGCAUCGCUACCAACUUGGAAAGAAGAUCAAGGCGAUGAACGAUAGGCUCAGUCAGAUAUCCAAGGAAAGGAAGCGCUAUAAACUCGAAGGGAUGGAGGCUGCAGCAGCAGAGAAGAGGAGGGCAGUUGGUAGCAACAGAGCGACUACAUCACUCAUGGUGGAAGAAGACAUUGUGGGGAGGGACUCUGACAGGGACGAUCUUGUGGAAAAGCUUCUUCGCGAGGACUUGAUCAUGUGUGGGAAGAGUAGCAGCGUCCCCAUCGUUUCCAUCGUCGGAAUUGGAGGCCUGGGGAAGACGACACUUGCCCGUAUGAUCUUUAACGAUAGUCGAGUCGAAAGGCAUUUCGAGGAAUGCAGGUGGUGGAUAUGUGUCUCUCAAUGCGUAGACGCUGAGGACCUGGCAAAAAGGAUGCUGCAAGAAGUUAAGGGGAGUACCGUUGGCCUAUCAGGGCUGAACACUCUCUGUACCAAUCUCAACAAUGUACUCUCGAGGAAGAAAUUCUUGUUGGUUUUCGAUGAUGUUUGGGAUUUGGAAUGGUGGAAGCAGUUGGAGGCUCUUCUCAAGAAGGGCGCACAUGGAAGCAGGAUCUUAAUCACAACAAGAAUGGAAACCAUUUCAGAAGAAAUUUCAGCAGCUUAUAUGCAUAAUCCAGAAAAUUUUUCGUUUAGUGAAGGCUGGCAAUUGUUUUUGCGUAAAGCAUUGAAGGAGGGAGAGACAGAAGAGGAUCUGGCAAGGUGGAACUUGAAAGAAGUUGGGGAAGAUAUAGUUAGAAAAUGUGGGGGGCUGCCAAUUGCAAUCGAGACAGUCGGAAGCGCCAUGCGUUUAAAGAGAAGGGAGAGAGAGGAUUGGAAAUAUAUUGCAGACAGUGAAAUUUGGAAGAUGUCUUCAUCUUCAAACAGCAGUCUCCUUCCAGGGCUUGUAUUAAGUUAUGAUGUCCUGCCAUCUGUUUUAAAACGUUGUUUCGCUUACUUGAGGCUGUGUCCAAAAGGUUACUCCUUGGCAAAAGAUGACUUUAUAAAGAACGUCAUGGCACAUAGAAUUGUUGAGGAUGAAGAUGCAGGAGCCGACAUGGAAACUAUUGCAAAGGGUUAUAUUGAUGACCUCCUAGGCCGCUGCUUGUUUCAGCAAGACAAGUCUAAAGUGUUUCUGAGCUUGCACGACAUUAUCUACGACCUUGCUGUACACGUUGUUGGGAAGGAAUACAAUUACAAUUCUGUCAAUAAGCAAACUCGCCAUCUUGUCCUUGGCAGGGAUGUGGAUUCGCUUAAUAAAAUUGAGCUGCAAGCAACCAAAGUGUUGAGAACAUUGAUGUGUUAUGGAAGGUUGACAGAAUUCCCACUCAACAGGUACAUGAGCAACUUAAAGAGGCUGAGAGUGCUAGACUUAACUGGAGGAAGUUUCUCGCGGUUGCCGGAUUCCAUUGGAGAUCUAAUUCUAUUGAGACACCUGGACUUGAUGAACACAAAGAUAGAGGAGUUGCCUGCUUCAAUACGUAAACUGCACAAUUUGCAGACUCUGCUGUUGGAUGGUAGCCAAAUCAAAAGCAUACCCAAAGAGAUAGGUCAUCUAUGGAACCUGAGGCAUCUAGGUUUGAGAGACACUUCUAACUUACAAUUUGUGGCCCAAGGUUUGGGUAACCUUACUUGCUUGCGUACCUUGAAUAGAUAUAUCAUAUGUGGUACCAACGGAACUGACUCAGGAUGCAACAUACGAGAGUUAAAGGAACUAAGAAAAUUGAGAGGGCAGUUGGUCAUAGAGCAUUUGGAGAGAGUCAGGUCAAUAGAUGAUGCAAGAGAAGCGAUGUUGCAAGAAAAGCACCAUAUUGAAGACUUAGAGCUAGUCUAUGAGGCAACUUCUGAAGAAGAGGAAAAGAAAAGAGCAGAAGUUCAAGAAAAUAUAUCUGAGGUGCUACAGCUGCCACCUGAUCUUAAGGGUCUAAGCUUGAAUGGUUACUGCGGCCGGAGGUUUCCUGCUCAUUGGCUUCUAUCUGAGAACCAAGUGCGCCUAAGAAACCUUAGACUUCAGAACUGCCCAUUCCUCACAUCAGUACCAGAUUUUCUUGGUCUAACAUGCCUGCAUCUCUAUAAAUGCAAUCGUUUAGAGACUUUCCCUGUUAUGCCUCAGCUAUCAGAAUUGGAAAUUAAUGGGAUCAAUAGAUUGAAGGUAUUGCCUUUCAUGCCAGAACUGAAAACAAUGAGCCUGGAAAACCUUGAGGAGCUGAAUCAGGUACCUUGCUUCCCAAAACUUGAGUCCCUGAAAGUGAAAUUGCUAACCAAAUGGAAGGGUUGGCCGCUUGAUAUGGAGGGAAAGUCUAUGCCUCUGCUAAGCACGGUAGAAAUAGGCGAGUGUCCCAUGUUGGAAUCCAUACCUCACUUUCCAGAACUCAGGAGACUCGAAAUUAGAGAGUGCAACAACUUACAUUCUCUGCACGACGAUCAAGGGGGGCUUGAAGCAGGCACGUCUGUCUCAUUGACACAGCUGAAAAUACUGAAGGUAGAAAAGUGCGACGGACUAAAGCAACUACCUUGCCUGAGGGGGCUUGAGGAAUUGGAAAUGAGAAGCCUUAACAAUUGGGAAGGAUGGUCGACUGGUUCAUCAAUGUCACAGCUGCGAUGGCUGCAGAUGUUUGGGUGUCCAAAGUUGAAGAGUUUGCCUCAUUUUGCUGCUCUUUCAUACAUGUCCAUUGAAAUGUGCGAAGAGCUGUGCACUCUCUGGGAUGAAGAGAAGCACCCAAGGGAGCUAGAGACUCUGCUAGUUUUUGGAUGCCCAAGAGCAAGUUUCCCAGCAGGCAGCCUGCCCCAUCUCUCCAAGCUGAAAAAUUUGGGAAUGGGUGGCUUCCUAGAAUGGCCGCAUCGAUCAGCACCACUGCCUACUGGAGCGCUUCCGGAGCUAAGAAUCUUAGGGAUGUCCGGCAUACCGGGACAGGUUCCAAUGCCCAACUGGUUGUGGCAUCUCUCCCACCUGGAAGUUCUGCACUUAUCUGGUAUUACUGAAGGCACGAGAUUGCAGGGGUCCUGGCAGAACCUGAAGAGACUAGAGCGAUUGACCAUCCAAAACUGUCCUAAACUCACAACCCUGGAGGACCUCAUAUCACCGCAACAUCUAGGCUCAUCGUCCCAGCAAUCACAGCUGACGGUGCUCUCCAAACUUCAGGAACUGAGCAUAUGCGACUGUCCCCAACUGAAAUUGCUGCCGGACGGCCUGCAACAACUUGUCCAAUUGAAGUCCCUAACCUUAGAGGAGCUGCCGGAGCUGACAUCGUUGCCACAGCAGGUUUCCAACCUCCACAAGCUGGAAGAAUUGACUCUUAGAGAUUGCCAAAAGAUUUCUUCAUUACCACCAGGUUUAAGCCAUCGCCUCAAAGCAGGGUUAGUCAUCAGCGGCUGCACCAACCUAAGGGUCAAGAAGAAUGGUUGCAGGGCCAUCUGGAGAUUUUGGAACUGAGCUGUUUUCAUGGCACAACACCCUUGGAGACUUCAUGAUGCAGGAGCGGAGCAAUAAGAUUAUAAGAGUGCUUGGAUUUUUCUUCAGAAAAAACACUUGAAAAUCUGAUGUUUCGCCCGAACCAAUGGAUAAAUGUUGCGUGAAAAGGAUCCCAGAGAAGAAAAGCUUGUUCAAAUGGAAAAAUCAAAUCAGAAAAACUUUAAGUCGGAUGAUUCCAGAUGGAAGCAUGAAUGGGUGAAGGCGUUGCUUGAUGGAAGCACGAAUGAUAUACAUCGAAGAAAAUCUGAGGAUGAUCUUAGAACCACAAAGCAUCCUUCGACUGCCAACGGAGGAGGCAUCGAAGGACACUGUAGUCAAUGGUGGCCGUUCGGGGCAGCAACUGGAAACAAGCCACGAAGAUAGUGAGGCGUUUGAAGUGCCUCCUGCUGAGUGGAAGAAGUCCCCCUAGAGACGAGCAGGCGACUGGGAUGAGCAUUGAAUGGGCGACGAUCGAACCACCCACCAUCGUGGGUCAUCAGCAACCGCACGAACCGAUGCAGGCGGAGACAUUCGUGGCGGUCGACGAGCUAGCCAGCUAGGGCUCGACGGUGCUCUUGGGUCUGGACCCAACUUCUGGGCUCAGGACCGGAUUUGGGACCCGGGUGGUUAUAAAACCCGAGUCAGUCCGGUUUUGUGCAUGAUACACCGGGGUAUAGCCUAUUUCAGGCCGGUUCUUUCCGCCCAUAAACCGGUUCCAACCUCCAAAGAACUCGCUUACCCUAAACCCAGUCCGAUUUCCUUUCUAAACCCAAAGCAAACCUAUCUGUCUCUUUACCUGAGACAAAACUCAAACCCGAUCCCAAACACAAACUCAAAUCCAAACUUAAGUCAUCCGUUUUAGAAACCCAACAUUGCCUUCUACCGGUAUAUCUUUGAAGAUGAGAUUUGGUUUCGUAGUGGCGGAGCUAAAAAUUUUUAGCUGAGGGCAUGGGUCUAGUGUGGGCACCCGGCAUGUAUCAGUACAACACAUGAUCAAUAAAAAUUUUAUAAAGAAAUAUACAGGUUGGGGUGGGCAGUUGCCCACACCAGCUCCAUGGUAGCUCCGCUACUGUUUCCAGCGGAAGAGUAAAGACGCAAGUGAAGCAAUAAGAGUGUUUGGAUUUUUAUUUAUUGUUGUUUUGUUUGGAUUCAGAUCCAGGGAUCCGUUUUAGGGUAUAUAAAUAUGUUUAGAGUCUCAUUUGCAAUCAGUUUUUGCAAUUUCCUUCUUUGAGUUUCCUUUUUUCAGUUAUUUCUAUUUCUUUUUAUGUUCUCGUUCAAUUUAGGUAUUGACCUUGGUUAGAGGAGCAGUCCUCUUUCCCACUGCGUCAC